CACCACUUUCUCUCCUUUUCGCUUUUUUUCUUUUUUUUUUCCGACGAUAUCCUCUCUUGCCCGCAAGCGUCUGCAAUCUUCGCACCAAAGUCUCGUCCUCUCUCUCUCACUCUUGUCCUCUCUUUCUUUUCUGUUGCCAUGGGUCCAUCAGGCGCAUCUUCUCAGUCGUCGACGGCUAUCGAUGAACGCGACCGCGACACGCCUGACGACUGGAUCACCCGCGAUCACCGCUUGAUACGUCUUACAGGCCGCCACCCCUUCAAUGCAGAGCCUACGACUCAUGAGCUCAUGGAACAUGGAUUCUUCACCCCAACAUCGCUACACUACGUACGCAACCAUGGCGCAGUGCCCAAGCUGGACUGGAAAACACACAAACUGGAGAUAUCAGGUCUUGUCGAAACGCCCAUGACUUUAUCCAUGGACGAGAUUGCUGCAAUGCCUUCUAUUGAGCUACCUGUUACAAUUGCAUGCUCAGGAAAUCGCCGAAAGGAACAAAACAUGAUUUCCAAGGGCAAGGGCUUUCACUGGGGCUCUGGGGCCAUAUCAACCAGCACUUGGCGUGGCGUACGACUGGCAGAUGUGCUGCACAAAUGCGGAAUUAAAUCUUCAUCUGAUGGCAAACAGGCACGAUAUGUCUGUUUCGAAGGCGCCGACCACCUCUCUUCUGAUUAUUAUGGCACAAGCAUCCCCAUCGAACGUGCGACGAACGAAUAUUUUGACGUUCUCUUGGCCUACGAGAUGAACGGAGAGCGACUUCCCCCCGAUCAUGGAUAUCCCCUUCGAUCGAUCAUACCGGGAUGUAUUGGCGGUCGAACUGUCAAGUGGCUGCGUCGCAUUAUUGUUUCCGAGAAUGAGUCCGAUAACUAUUACCAUUCCCACGACAAUCAUGUCCUACCGCCCAAUAUCAACGAUUUCGUAGCCGCAGAAGCACUGAAUGCCUGGAACAACCCAGACGACAUUAUUUACGAUUAUAAUAUCCAGAGUGUCAUUACCCAUCCUGCUCAUGAUGAGUGCCUGGAUCUCGAUACGGACGCCACAUACGCGGUUCGCGGUUACGCCUAUUCGGGUUCCGGUCUCAAGGUCAAACGUGUCCAGGUAUCGUUGGAUGGUGGCAAAUCCUGGCGCAUGGCUCAGCUGGACCAUCCGGAAGAGAAGAUGAAGACAGUGGGUGGGAACCGUUACUGGUGCUGGUGUCUAUGGACUCUUGAUGUUCCGAUCGGCGACUUUAUCGACUGUAAGGAGCUCACAUGUCGUGCCUGGGAUAUCAAUAACAAUACUCAACCGCAAGCUACGACAUGGAACCUUACAGGAAUGAUGCACAAUGCCUGGUACAUCAUCAAGACGCACAUUGAACGGACGCCUGUGCAGAGUCAAGGUGGAGGCAACAACGACGCAUCGUCAUCAUCGCAUGAUGAGGUCUUGAUGCGAUUUCAGCACCCCACUGUCAUCAGCGAUAAAGAUGAUAAAAACGCCGAGGGCUGGAUGAAGCCUCCUCGGCGCGAUCCCAGUGAAGUGACGACGCUCACCAAUAAGGUUUUGGUGGAUCCGUGUAUCGCCCGACUGACCAGGCAAGAGGUAGCCAAGCACACGGGGCCGAGCGAUGCUUGGGUGAUUGUGCAUAACAAAGUAUACGACUGUUCAGCCUUUCUCGAUGAACACCCUGGAGGUGCAGCCAGCAUCUUGAGCGCAACCGGUACCGAUGCCACAAAGGUCUUCAAAGAGAUCCAUUCCGUCUUCACGCACGAACUCUUUGGGAAUUAUCUUUUAGGCGAGCUUGAUGAACACAAAUCGUCCCAGUCAUCGGACGACCCCAGUCCUCAUAUGUUUCUAAAGCCUGACUGGCAACCCAUCCGUCUCGUUGAGAAGAAGAGUAUUUCGCACGACACACGCCUCUUUCGGUUUGCGCUGUCGAACGAGCAGAUCGAACUUGGUCUGCCGGUCGGGAAGCAUGUCGUUUUGCGUGGCAUCGCCAAGGACGAUCGACACUUUGUUCGUGCGUAUACACCCGUCAGUGAUAACCAUCUCCAGGGCUACGUAGAAUUCGUUGUCAAGAUCUACGAGCCGAACGAGAAGUUCCCAGAGGGCGGCCACCUAUCACAAUUGCUCGAUUCUCUCGAGAUCGGGAAGACAGUGGAUGUUCGGGGCCCAUUGGGCUCGUUUUCGUACGUCGGUCGUGGACGCUGGCAAUAUGGUUAUCUAUUUGGACAAGCCCAUCGGAUCGUCAUGAUGGCGGGCGGAACGGGUAUCACGCCUAUUUACCAAGUGUUGCGAGCGAUUGCUCAGGAUCCCGCGGAUCCGACUGAUGUGCGGCUGAUUUACGCCAAUCGAACCGAGAACGACAUUCUUUUGCGGGAAGAGCUCACUGAGCUGGAAAAGGGAAGCAAUGGUCGUAUUAAAAUAUGCCUGACGCUUAGCGAACCUUCCAAAGACUGGAAGGGGUGUAAGGGCCAUAUAGACGAGCGGAUGAUCCGAGAAUAUGCGACCUUUGAUAACCAUGAUCAUCUGGAUCAUGCAGCGGAUGCGAUCGGCGUGCUCUGCGGACCCCCAGGGUUGAUUGAAAAGGCUUGUCUGCCCAACAUCAUCAAAGUCUAUGGUCCAGAAAUGAUGCGCGUCCGUACUUUCCACUUUUGAUGGGAUAGCCCCCUCAACUCCCCUUACGAGUG